AUCUGAAUCCGAAUCUCUCGGAACUUGGAACUUGAAGUAAGGUUAGGAUAUUUCUGAAAUUGUGUGCUUGUGAUAUUCUGAUAUAAUAUUUUACAAAUAGCCUAAUUAAAUUAAUUUCGAAGGAAAAUGGCUGAAGAAAUUCAAAAGCAGAUGCAAAGUGAAUUUGAAAAUUUUAAAGCUAUGCAAAAAGAGUACGUAAGAUUGGUAAUGCAAAGACAGCAACUGGAUGCACAAAUGAAUGAAAACACUGCUGUAAAAAAGGAGCUCGAUCUUAUGAAAGAUGACGCUGACGUUUUCAAAUUAAUUGGGCCUGUUCUGAUCAAACAAGAAUUGGAUGAAGCCAAACAGAAUGUCAGCAAACGAUUGGACUACAUCAAUGGCGAACUGAAACGGAUAGACGAUCUUAUCUCAUCUGCUGAAUUAAAACGUGAAGGCCACAAACAGAAAAUAGAGAAGUUUCAAAAACAACUGCAAGAAGCCAAAGCUAAAAUGUUGAACAUGGCGUGAAGAUUGAAUGACUACUAUUUCUCAAAUUUAUUAACCAAUGUGAUUACUUACAUACUUUUGUUACUAGAACAACGAGUUACACCUCUGUUAAUACACGUAUUAUUAUUUAUGUAUUAUGUCUGAAACUGGACUUUUUCAUUUGCUUUAAAACUCUUGUUUGUCCAAUCUUCUUCUAUUCUAAUUCUACUAAUAAAACAUUUUUAACAACUUGUUUUACAUAA